CAAUAAAAAGCAACUAUGUCGGUGUUUUGUGAGGUCCCCCAAGCACCCCCUGUAGCUGUCUUCAAGCUAUCUCAGGAUUUCAAUAACGACCAAUUUCCCCAAAAGGUGAACCUCGGAGUGGGAGCCUAUCGGACAGAUGACGGCCAGCCGUGGGUUUUGCCUGUGGUGAAAAAGGUGGAAAAGAUCAUUGUGCAUGAUGACAGGCUAAACCACGAAUAUCUGCCCAUCCUGGGCCUGCCUGAGUUCAGAUCCUCGGCCUCCAAAAUCGCACUGGGAGACAACAGUCCUGCCAUCAAGGAGGACAGGGUGGGGGCUGUCCAGUGUCUGGGUGGUACUGGCGCUUUGAAGAUGGGUGCAGAAUUUCUCAGGCGUUUCUACAAUGGAAACAACAACACCAAAACACCCGUCUAUGUGUCGGCACCUACCUGGGAAAAUCACAAUGCAGUAUUCGCCAAUGCUGGCUUUGAGGACGUCCGUCCAUACAAGUACUGGGACGCAGAGAAGAGGGGCCUGGAUUUGACUGGUUUCCUUAGUGACUUGGAGAGUUGUCCAGAGCACUCCAUUUUUGUCCUGCAUGCCUGUGCCCAUAAUCCAACUGGCACAGACCCUACCCAGGAGCAAUGGAAGCAGAUCGCUGAAAUUAUGAUGAGGAGGAAGCUGUUUGUGUUCUUUGACUCGGCUUAUCAGGGAUUUGCCUCAGGCAAUCUGGAGAACGAUGCCUGGGCCGUCCGCUACUUUGUCUCCAUGGGCUUUGAAAUGUUCUGCGCCCAGUCGUUCUCCAAGAACUUUGGCCUCUACAAUGAGCGUGUGGGCAACCUGACGGUUGUGGCUCGUGACGCAGACAGCCUGAAGCGAGUUCUGUCCCAGAUGGAGAAGAUUGUCAGGAUCACUUGGUCCAACCCACCAUCGCAGGGAGCUCGCAUUGUUGCCAUCACUCUUACCUCACCUGAGCUCUUUACUGAAUGGAAGGACAAUGUGAAGACCAUGGCUAACAGGGUCUUGUCAAUGAGGGCUCAGCUGAAAGCUAAGCUUGAAGCUCUGGGGACGCCAGGAACCUGGGACCACAUCACACAGCAGAUCGGCAUGUUCAGCUUCACAGGCCUCAACCCCCAACAAGUGGAAUAUAUGGUGAAGGAGAGACACAUCUACUUAAUGGCCAGUGGUCGCAUCAACAUGUGCGGUUUGACCACCAAGAAUAUAGACUACGUGGCUGAGUCCAUCCAUGAAGCGGUCACCAGGGUCCAGUAAAAGACUACACUACCCACAGUUCUCAGCACUUCUUCCUUUUCUGACCUGAGCCACUUGAUUCCAGGGAAAGUGUUUGUAUCCAGCAGAUUUCCUGGAGCCAACAUAAACUCAUUUGCACAAAUAUACAGUUGGCGCUGUUUCCCCCUCCUUACAAAUUUUGUGCUAAACUAUCCGAACGCACAAAGAUGAUGAAGGUAUUCAUCUUCUCAUCUAACUCCCAAUUAGAUAGCUAAUAUGGGAAUAAUUCCUUUAAGUAAUUGUGUUUAGAAUAUGUUCCUCUGUUUUCUUCAUGUCAGUCUCGUACUUAUAGUCUGUACUUAGCGUGACAUCACAUUUUUGUUUUUACAUGUAAUGUGCUAUAAGUGCAUAUGUCAUGACCAGGAUUUGAAAGGGUUAGUAAAUCUGUAACUAAUGUACAAUUGACCCUUCGCUAAGCCCCGCCCUCCUUAGUUACUGUAACUAAGUCCGAGAAACUGUUGGCGCUGCCACUGGCUGUUACUGCACUCCCCGGAGAAAUAUUGUCACAUUAUUUGGAAAAAGCGAUCUCAGAAAGAAGCAGACAGUUCUGCAGUUGCAUUGUACUUUCAGUAGGCUUUAGCUUCUGAACCACCGCAUCCCCCGACGAUUGAGACAAAUGACAACGAUAUGAACGAUCAACGCUGUUCCUGUAAAGCUGGGUAGGCCUCUGUUCAUUAUCACAAUCAUUAAAAAGCAGAACAGUAGGGCUUUAUUACGUUCCAUUGAGCAGGAAGUUAGCUAGAUCCACAGCCGACAUUUUUCUGGAUUUAUUUUAGGUUUUGGAAAUAGAAUAAAUCGUACUUCCCCUAUCAACCUCUCUAGGUAGCGACUAAAACUAUUACAAGUACCCCAGGAACAGCGUUUGACCGUAUCUUAGAAAAAUAUAGCCAAAAAAAGCUAGAAAAUGACUCUUUUUACAUAAGAGUCAAUGGAGCCCAUCCAUGAAAGUGUCGGACUUCAGUUAGAGGGAAUCCUAUACUGCGCUGUGAUUGGCCAGCUGUGUAUUCGGGGCGUGGCUUAGCGAAGGGUCAAUUACCUCAGCAGUGCUGACUCUACUGUCUAUAUCAUGAUUAUGAUUCAUCAAUUCUUAAUGAAUAACAUUUCUGAUUUUAUUUAGCCUGCAGUAAUUAGCAUCUAUGAUUAACAGUUAUUAAGAACACUUGAAAACCAGAAUAUUAACUUGACCAAACUGACUCUAUGUAGCUUUAAUUAGAGGAAGCAGUUGUAGAACAUGUAAGUAUUUACCACCUCUAUAAUGAAUGAAGUAUUAUGUUUAUUGCUGAAUGUGAACAAGCCUAUUAGUGUUCUCAGGAAGAUAGUUAUAUCUUGCACUGUAAUUUAUUAAUGAUACUGUCUUCUGCCCAAAGGGGUCAUACUAAUUACCUCACUUUUAAUAUGUCAAUUGUCUGUUCAUAGCCCUUGUGCACUAUUAUGCAAGACCCUCAUGUCAGUGGCACAAACACUAAUGAUCAACCAGUUAUCUAUCGUUUCACUGUGCACAGUACACCAAUAAAGCAGUCACACAACUCAAGCUGAAAAUGUUCUCACCAGACUGUCCAAUGAGAUGAAUUAACUUCUGUAAUAAAGAACUAUAACUAUG